AUGUCGGCCUCAAUCCCUGGCUCCCGUGACCUCCCGGUCUCUCAGUAUGACUUGACUACCUACUGGGGACGCGUUCGUCAUGCUGCAGACAUUUCAGACCCGCGCACGCUGCUCACAGGCCCUGCUGGCUUGGAGCAAGCCAAGGGUGUUAUCUCUCAAUACAAGCAGAACAAGAUCCCUUUCAUGACACCGGAUUUGUGGAGCGCAAAGAAGAUUGUCGACUCCACCUUGCACCCAGAUACCGGUGAACCGGUCUUUCUUCCAUUCCGCAUGUCCAGCUAUGUCCUCUCUAAUUUGAUUGUGACAGCGGGUAUGCUUACCCCGGGUCUUCAGACCACUGGAACCCUUCUAUGGCAAAUCGGCAAUCAGUCACUCAAUGUUGCGAUCAACAAUGCCAACGCCAACAAGUCUACCCCUCUAUCUUACUCCCAGAUCGCCAAGUCCUAUUGCAUGGCUGUUACUGCUUCUUGCUCUGUCGCCCUGGGUCUCAAUGCAUUAGUCCCCCGUCUGAAGAGCAUCUCUCCUAACACCCGUCUCAUCCUCUCCCGGCUUGUUCCCUUCGCUGCUGUCGCCAGUGCGAGUGCCCUGAACGUGUUCCUCAUGCGUGGUGAGGAAAUCCGCCAGGGUAUUGACGUCUACCCUGUUCUGUCGGACGAAGAGCGUGCCAAGCGUGAAGAGUCUGAGGAUGCUGAGCCUUUGCAGAGCCUGGGCAAGAGCAAGAAGGCUGCCACCAUCGCUGUUGGUGAGACUGCGAUCAGCCGUGUCUUGAAUGCCACCCCCAUCAUGGUGCUUCCCCCUCUGAUCCUUGUCCGUUUGGAGAAGACUCAGUGGCUCCGCUCUCGCCCUCGCAUGAUCAUGCCCGUUAAUUUGGGUCUUGUUCUCACCACUUCCCUCUUUGCCCUGCCUCUGGCUCUGGCCGCUUUCCCCCAGCGCCAGGCUAUCAGUGCCAGCAGCCUCGAGGAGGAGUUCCACAGCCGCGGUGGCCGUGACGGCAUGGUUGAGUUCAACCGUGGAAUGUAA